CGUAUGUUCUCCUCUCUAACUCUGCCUCUACUCCAAAACCCUCUCUUCGUAACAAAAUUUCCAAAUCGAAGUCUAAUUAACAUGAACUACAAGUAUGUAAAGCAGUGAUGACAUACAUGGCAUUGGAUAUGAACUUUGGGCGUUAUUAAGAACUUAAACUCACCGAUUGAAGAAAAAUCUAGGAUUUCACCAUGUAAAGGGCCUAAAGAUGGGUUUCCAUUUUAGUUUAUUUCUAAUUCCUCAACAACUCAAAGCAUCGCCUUCAAGGAAUUGGUAUUUUCUGAUGUUCUCUUGUGGGGAAUUUGGGGGAAAAUUUCUUGUGGGGUAUCAAUUGAUGGCCGGUGUAGUUGAACAAAGGAUUCUACAUCCCAUGCAACACCAACACAAGCUUUUACUUUGUGCUUUGCACUUUGUUGUUCGUACCGGCAGCACCUUUGCGGGAUCAUUAUUGUAAUGUUGGUGUCAGCUGUUUCUGGCAUUGGAGGAUGGUUUGCUAUCUACAUCUCUAAGGAUUUACUUUUGCCUGUCAUCCUAGCUGUUGUAACGACAUUUGUUGAUGGAACUGUAGUAAAGUGUAUCCUGGUGAAACAUAUAAGUGCGGGCAGAAAUGGAGCUGCUCCAGCAGUUAUGAGCCUAAAGAGGUUAUUCUGCAAGUUAUGGGGAAGCAACAAGAACACCAACAUCCUGCCAACAACAAUUCAGUACCAUAAGGAGUUUGUGCAGGAACGAAAACUUCUUGAGUAUCUAUUGUUGCUUUAAUUUUGAGGAGCAAGCACUUUUUUUUUUGAACAACUAAAAGCCUGUAAUUUGUGCAUAGCUUCUUCAAUGUAAUCUCUGGCGCUCCUUGUAUACGAUUAUGUUUACAUAAUAAUAAGUUAUAUAUUUUU